UUUACACACAUCCUUUUUAAAAGUCAAGCUAAAUAUACUUCCCUUCAUAACCAAUGCGAACCUUUAACGAGGAAUGUACCUGAAAAGGGUUCAGUUUCCUGCAAGUGAGGAACCCUUCUGUCCCGUUCCGUUACCAUUAUUUCCUCAGUCUGCCACUUAUGUGACCUGAAAACAGUCGAACCCAGUAGUUACACGUGACAAUUUUGUUUAUUUACAAAUUUUUUGAAUAAAUUGUUUGGAGGGGAGAAGUGACCCAUGGGAAAUAUCAUGGAUGCCCUUGGAUACUUGGAGCUUUCCGGAGGCGAAGCUAAUUACGCAGAGAAUUUGCCAUCGGCGGCGGAGAGAGUGGAAGUGGUCGAAGAAGCUGCCGCCCCUGCGGCAGCAGAAGCUGUGGUUGAGGAUGGGCAAGCGCCCCAAGAAGCAGCAAAUGUUGAUCCCGAACUCGCGGCGAGGGAAGAGACUCGAUUACACGUGACGAAAAUUAUGGAAGGAUUGCAAUCCGGAGAGCACGAAAGUUUAAGACUGCAAGCGCUGAUGGAGCUAAGUCAUAUUUUUCUGGGUGGAACCGUGAGAAAUCGUCAGAAAAUCAACCUGCUUCCCGUGGGCCCUGCCAUCUUAGCACUUUCAGACUGCAUGGGAACACAGAACAAUGAUCAAGUCAGGUACCAAGGAGCUCGCGGAUUGCGAUUCCUCUUCGAAGCCAUUCCGAGCUCUGUUUCCACGGGGGAAGCAGCGCAAGUCGUACCUGAACUGAUUUCCGCGGUGGAGAAAGUGACGUCAAUUGACGUGGCGGAGGAGGGAAUAGCAUCGUUGAAACUUUUGGUGGAGAAACAUGCUGAAAUUGUUCGCGAACAGGGCGGGAUACCAGCAUGUCUCGAAUUCCUUGAUUUUCACCAAGUCCGUGUCCAAAUCAAAGCCUUACACGUCGUUGGCGUUUGCAUAGAAGGGCUUCUCCCAGAAGAAUUUGAAACUGUGUAUGUACAUCUGGUACUUCUGGCGGGAAGAAUCUCUUGGCGGGAGGAUGUCAAAAUUGUUUCAAAAGUCGCAAAAAUAUUCCAUAGCUUAUUGGACAAUUAUGCGACCACGUGUCCAGAGGGAUUCAAAGAAAUUGUAUGCUCAUCUGACUGUCUCCAGAAUAUUAUUGGUCUGCUCUCAAGACAAGAAAUCACUGACGAAUCACUUAUUCUCGGACUUUUAAAAAUGUUGGAAAAAAUAGCUUCCCAAUUUCCGGAAACAAGGACAUCCCUCUUGCAGUAUGAUGUUCUAUGGUGUCUAAUGAAAAUUUUGACCCGGUGGGAUAAGGGCAUGAUAGUGGGCGUUGUUGGUCUCAUGUUAUGCCUAUUACCAAACCAUGGCCUACUUGGCAAUGAUAGCGAAAUGGCCCAGCGGAACCAGAUUUUGUCAAGCAGCUCAACCACGUGUCGUCAGAUUGUGCAAGGGAUUGGAGAAAAAUUAAUCGCAAACCAUAACCUGGCUGACUGCCCUACAGUCAAAAGUUAUUGUCUGAAGGGCAUUGUAAGUUUAUUGCCAUUCGUAGAAAGGGAAGAUAGAGGUACUUGCAUGAAUUGGAAGCAGAUAAGCAACGUGUUGGCAACCGGGUUAGACUCGUCGGAUUUGGAGAUGGUCUCAUCCUCGGUUACAUUCGUUUGCGCCAUGAUGGAUUUUAAAGAAGUGGGAAUUCAUCGCAAUUUGAAAUUGGCGGGAGUUUUCCAGCAAAUUUAUCGAAAAAAGGAUGCAGAAAUUGUGCCGGGGAUGGAGAAACAGAAUACACUGAGGCUCAAAUGUGCCGAAUUUUGGGAAACGUACAAGUCUCUCCCAGAAUUGAAAACCAUCAAAGAUAACAACCUUGGAGAACUUUAUAACCUUGAAGAGUUAAAUGAUGAUUCGCUAAAAUCAUUGGCCAAUGCCUUUACCAAACAUAUAUCAUCGUUUGAUAUUAUGAACUCGAAUUUGACCCAAGCUUUGCUGAGUUACUUGACAAAUUCUGACAAUAAUGAAGAAAGACGAAUCAGCUUCCUUAACGCUUUUGCUGGAUGUGCGAUCGGUGCAGAGAAUGUGGAAUAUUUCACUCCGGUAACGACCCCAUUAUCAAACUUAGUGCAAGUACUUCAACACUGCGUUUCCCAAACUAGCUACGUGCAAGACAGUUUUGCCAUUAAAUCUUCCCCACAAAAACAUGUCGGCAAAUCACACGAAUUGCAAGAAACUGGCCAUCCUUCAACAUCGACCAAGAUCUCAGACCCAACCAAAAGCACAUCCCACCCCUCGGCCAGUUUACUCCCCCUGCUCAGAAAAAUUCAUCUCCUCGUGACAAACUAUGCAGACCUGCUUCCUACAAAACUACAAUUACAUAUCGGUGCUCAAUCCCUCCCACUUUUGCCGUCAUCAGACUUCGUCAAUGAGAAAAUCUCUGCCAGACUCAAGUGUCGGGUGGAAGAAUCGUCCAUUAAAAGUGUGGAUCGGUUCACGAAAUGUUACCCCUUUCUGUUGGAUCUCGAAACAAAAAUCUUCAUAUUUUACUACGAAAAGUUGUCCAAGCAGAAGCAAACUGUGACCGUUUCAAGACAGAGCAUUUUAUCUGAAGCCAAACGUGUAAUGUUUGACGUGAAGAGGUGGAGACCAACGAUGGAUAUUAGAUACGAAGAGGAAGAAGGAUUCGGCCAAGGUCCAAGUUUAGAAUUUUAUACAUUAGUCUCCCAAGAGAUGAAGGGGCUGAAGAACAUAUGGAGGCAGCGCGAUGGCGAACUUGUGGAGGGCUUGUUUCCUAAGCCGAUAGGAUCAGGUGCACCGGAUGAAACUGAGUUGAAAGAGUGGUUCAAAUUUUUGGGGAUGUUUGUAGGCAAAGCGGUGUAUGAUCGGAGAAGGAUCGACAUGAGGUUGUCACCUGCCUUCUACAAACUCCUGGUUCAAGAGGACGUUAAUUGCUGGACAUCACUUGGCCUUAUUGAUGCCACAUUGGCCAGAAGUGUGCACAACUUACUGCGAGAGGAGCGAGGAGGAGGCGACUGGGUGGAUGAAAUGUCUCUUUGUCACGUACUGCCCGGGUAUCCCGAAGUCGAGGUAGUCAAAAAUGGGGAAGAUCUCCCAGUCAAGCAGGGCAAUAUCCAGAAAUACCUGGAGUUGGUGUGCCAGUGGACUACAAAAUUGGGAGUUUCCCAACAAAUUUCUGCAUUUAAGGAGGGUCUCAAUUGUGUGUUUCCAUGCUCAGAGUUGGAAAUAUUCACGCCGGAUGAACUGAGGGGUUUAUUUUCAGGUGAUGAUGGAGACGAUGAGGUUGACUGGGGGUAUGACUCGCUAUCCAAGUAUUGUAAGCCCGACCACGGAUACACGGAGAAUUCUGAUCCAAUCCGUUGGCUUUUCAAAGUAAUGUCAGAAUUCACUGGGGAAGAGAGACGUAAUUUUCUCAAGUUUAUUACUGGAUCUCCUCGACUGCCUGUUGGAGGUUUCCGGUCACUUCGACCCAGUCUGACUAUUGUUCAUAAAUCGGACGCAGACCUAGAUGGCAACGUGGACACUUGGCUUCCCUCAGUUAUGACGUGUGCCAACUAUUUGAAACUUCCGAACUAUUCCAGCAUCGAGAUUUUGAGGGAACGUGUAAAAUUUGCGAUGGUUGAAGGACAGUUUUCUUUUCACUUAUCAUGACCUGAUCCUGAUAACAUAGUUAUAGUUGAUAAUAGUAUGUACUAAUUGAAUUAUUUGUUUCCUACAUUUUCGUUAAGAUAUCAGUUUUCUACGAGUAGAUACCGCGAAGUGAAUUACUAUGCGUAUAGAUAAGAUAAAAUAAAUAUUGACAAUAUGUGAAUUGUAAGACGAUCGCUGGACUAACCCCUAAUAUCCUCGAUGACACCAUUCAUUCAGUUUGAAAAUGUAUAAUUAACAUUGUGCAACAAAUCGAUAUUAUCAACCAAGUAAAUUACUAAUAGACCUAUGUAAUAGGACUUUAUAAAAUUAUACUAAAAGUUUAAUUUAACAACAAAUGUGUAACAUUUUUUUAGAAAUAGACAAAAGCAACGGAAAGUACUUUUAGUAGAGUAAAGAUCGUGAGGGGAUAAUUGGUUCAUCCUUAAUUAGUAGUCUGUAGGAAAGAUGACUUCUUGAUCUAACGAUAACUAGGAAAACCCCGAAACAGUAUGGAAUAGUUUGUGAGACUGUUUGCAACCAGAUAACUAUUUAGUCUAAUAAUUACAAUAAUAGUUCUUGAAUUCUAAUUAGAUUUGUUUUAAUUCACGCAUAUCAUAUCUACAUACAUAACGCAAUAGUUGAAAAUUAUAUCCUGAAAUUUCGCGUUCGUGAGAGAGACAAUCCACAAAUCGAGGAUAAUUUGCAAUUUCUAAUCUUCUUUCCUUCCAUAUUCACUAAAAAUUUAUACCAUGUGAACAACUAGCCUACUACAUAUCCUCUCCCGUUGACAUCGUUUAUGGAUCGCUCCUCCUGGCUUCAAUAUAUGUAAUGUCCAAGUGUCUAUUUUUGAUUACCAAAUAAAGUACGUACAAGGGUCAAAAUUGCAAAAUAAGAUUAAGAAAACUUACUUACUACGUUUCGUAAACUACUUAGAUAACCCAUCC